AUGAUAAAAAUGGAAAGAAAAAGACUAAAUUAUGAGAAUAAACUCAUACUAGCACCAAUGGUACGAAUAGGUACUCUUCCUAUGCGUCUUCUUGCACUCGAUUACGGUGCUGAUGUAGUAUAUACGGAAGAAUUAAUAGACUGGAAAUUGUUACGAUCAUUUCGUCGUGAAAACGAUGUUUUGGGAACAAUUGAUUAUAUAGACAAAACAGAUGGUACAGUGACUUUUCGAACUUGUCCCAAAGAGAAAGAUAAAGUAGUUUUACAAAUCGGUACUUGUGAUGCAGCAAGAGCAUUAAAAGUAGCUAAAAUGGUAGAACAAGAUGUUGCUGGAAUUGAUUUAAAUAUGGGUUGUCCCAAAUUGUUUUCCUUAAUAGGAAAAAUGGGAGCAGCUCUUUUGAAAGAACCAGAAACAGCUACAAAUAUUUUGAAAACUUUAGUAGAUAAUUUGAAUAUCCCAGUAACUUGUAAAAUUCGUAUAUUGCCAGAUAUAGAUAAGACUAUAGAACUUUGUGAACUUUUACAAUCAACUGGUAUAGCAGCAAUUGCUGUUCAUGGUCGUACUGUUCAUGAAAGACCACAACAUAUGAACCGCAAUGAAGUUCUAAAAAAAAUUUCCAAUAGACUUUCUAUACCAGUUAUAGCAAAUGGAGGAUCAAAAGAAAUACAGAAAUAUUCUGAUAUUUUCAAAUUUAAGGAAAUAACAGGAUGCAGUAGUGUAAUGCUUGCACGUGCAGCUGAAUGGAAUUGUUCAAUAUUUAGUGAAAAAGGUUUACUUCCUAUGGAAGAUGUGAUAAAAUCAUAUUUAAAAUAUGCUGUGGAUUGUGAUAAUUCACCUUCCAAUACUAAGUAUUGUAUACAAAAUAUACUUAGAGAACAACAAGAAUCAACAUUAGGCAAAAAGUUUCUUAGUUCUCAAACUUUAGAACAAAUAUGCAAUUUAUGGGACUUAAGUGAUUAUUUUUAUUUGAAAAAAAAGGAAUUUGAAGAAAAAGGUUUAUUAGGAAGAUCUCAAGUUUCACCUAUGAAAGAAGAUGAAAAACAGGCUCAAUUAUGUAAUAAAAGAAAGAUUUUAGAGGAGGAAGAUGUAAUUUUAAUGCAUUGUGCAUUUUUAAGAAAUAAUUAUAUAACAGAUCUUGAACUACCAAAAACUGUAUUACACAAGUGGACACAAACUCAAAGAAAAAAAAUGCCAAACUAUAAUACACAACAAAAAGGAAAAUUAUUCCGUUCUAUUGUUACUGUUGAUGGACGGAAAUAUGGAUCAUCUUUCUGGGAAAAAAAUAAAAAAUGGGCAGAACAAGGUGCUGCUUUAGUUUGUCUUUUUUCUUUAGGCCUAAUCAGUGAAAAAACUUUUGAUACAAAUAGCAAUGUUCCUUCUUGACAGUAUAUAUAUAAAGUACAAGAAUAAUUGAGAGUACUAAAUAAAUACUCUUGAAAAUAUCUUAUAUUAUCUUAUAAAAUUUAAUCUUGUAUUUUUUUAUCUGAUUUAUUAUCAAUAAAAAACAUUUUUCAGAUA